AUGGAAGCUGAAAUCAGAACUCAAAUCCCUAACAUUGACCCCGUCCUGUCAGAGUACUCAGCGGGGUACCUUACCCAUGCCGCCAACCAGUUCACUUCCGACUCGGACCCCAAUGCCCCCUCACCGCUCGAGGAAGCUGCUGCCACUGUGAGCGCCCUGCUCCUAUCAGCCUCUGGAGAUCUAUCAAGCCAGAAUGAGACGAGUAUCCAAAACCUUGUUGACAAGUUCAUCUCCCGCCUGAAUGCCGCCAAUGGCACCGACGGCGAGCGCCGCCAGAUGGCACCUUCAGCCAAGAAACUCGACCAGGCUAUCCACGUGGGCUCUUCCAGGAACAUCUCCUCCACGCUAGGUCUCGCUGGUGGCGCCGUUGAUCUCGAGUCUGCCAACACACGUAAAGUCGAAUCCAGAGUCGACCGCAAGAAGCUCGAGAAAGCUGAACGUAAACUCCGUGCUAAGCAAGACCGUAAAGAGUUCAAGAAUGUUGAGUAUGAAGCCUCCCGACUUCUCAACGAGCCCAACGAGGCGCAGAGCUACGAAGAGUUCUACAUGGCCGUCAACCCACUGCAAUUGGGUGACACUGCCUCGAAGAGCAAGGAUAUCAAGAUUGACAGCUUUGAUAUCUCUAUGCCUGGAUUACGUAUCCUUACCGACAGCUCUCUCACGCUCGCAUAUGGCCGUAGAUACGGUCUGGUAGGUCAAAACGGUAUCGGUAAAUCCACUUUGCUUCGCGCCCUUGCUCGCCGUGAGGUCGCUAUCCCUACUCACAUCUCGAUUCUUCAUGUGGAACAGGAGAUUACUGGUGAUGACACUCCGGCGCUGCAAGCUGUCUUGGACGCCGACGUUUGGCGCAAGCAUCUCCUUAGGGAGCAAGAAAAGAUUAGCAAGGAGCUAGCUGAGCUUGAAGAAGAGCGUGCUAAAAUGGCAGAUACUUCUGCAGAUGCCGCCAAGCUCGACACUCAGCGCGAGGGUCUAGAUACUACUUUGAGCGACAUACAUGCCAAGCUCGCCGAAAUGGAAUCAGACAAGGCUGAGUCUCGAGCAGCAAGUAUCCUCGCAGGUCUUGGCUUCUCACAAGAGCGACAGCAAUUCGCGACCAAGACGUUCUCUGGAGGAUGGAGGAUGCGUCUGGCACUUGCACGUGCGCUCUUCUGUGAACCUGAUCUGCUAUUGCUCGACGAACCGUCGAACAUGUUGGACGUCCCCUCUAUCACCUUCUUAGCGAACUACCUUCAGGGUUACCCAAGCACCGUACUUGUCGUAUCCCACGACCGAGCCUUCUUGAACGAAGUAGCAACCGAUAUCAUUCAUCAACACUCUGAACGACUCGACUACUACAAGGGUGGUAACUUUGACUCGUUCUACGCGACCAAGGAAGAGCGUCGCAAGACAGCGGUUCGCGAGUAUGAAAAACAGAUGGCCGAGCGUGCGCAUUUGCAGGCUUUCAUCGACAAGUUCCGAUAUAACGCCGCUAAGUCUUCUGAGGCCCAAUCUAGGAUCAAAAAGCUGGAGAAGAUGCCUGUUCUUACUCCCCCAGAGGCAGCAUACUCAGUGCACUUUAAGUUCCCAGAAGUGGAGAAGAUGUCGCCUCCUAUCAUUCAGAUGAGCGGCGUCACCUUUGGAUACAGCCCUGACAAGAUUCUGCUGAAGAAUGUGGACCUUGAUGUGCAACUCGACUCCCGUAUUGGUAUUGUGGGACCCAACGGUGCCGGAAAGACAACCGCAUUGAAGCUUCUUAUAGGAGCUCUUCAACCCACCACUGGUAUCAUCUCGCAAAACCCACGAUUGCGCGUAGGAUUCUUCGCGCAACAUCACGUUGACGCACUGGAUCUGAAUGACAGUGCCGUUGGCUUCAUGUCAAAGACGUACCACGGACGAGCAGAUGAAGAGUAUCGUCGUCACCUCGGUGCCUUUGGUAUUACGGGUAUGACAGGUCUGCAGAAGAUGGAGUUACUGUCAGGAGGUCAGAAAUCGCGCGUUGCCUUUGCGUGCCUCGCGUUACAAAACCCGCACAUUCUUGUGCUUGACGAGCCGUCUAACCACUUGGAUAUUGAAGCCAUGGACGCGCUUUCGGAUGCUCUGAACAAGUUCCAGGGUGGUGUACUGAUGGUCAGUCACGACGUUACCAUGUUGCAGAAUGUAUGCACAAGUUUGUGGGUGUGUGAUAACGGCACGAUUGAGCACUUUGACGGUACUGUCAAAGAUUACAAGCGCCGCAUCACAGCGCAAGCAAACGAUGCGGGAGUAGUAGCGAAACACUAG